AUAGAGACCCACCACGUUCAGUAAACAAAGGCAGACAGCCGAUUCGCUCAUCAUUCAUAUCGUCUUCUUCUUCCUCAUCUCCAUUUUUCUCCAUUUCCGAAGAAUUAUGAAUUACCCCUACGGCUACCAACAUCCUCCGCCGGAAACCUACCCUCCUCCCGGGUACCGUCCGCCGCAGCCUGGAUAUCCCGGCCAUCAGCCGCUGCCUCCGCCGCCACAUCAAGGAUAUCAAGGUUAUUUCUACGAUGGAUAUUCUCCAUCGGCGCCGCCUCCUCCUCCUCCGCCGGGCCCUCCUCCACCGCCUUAUUGUCAUCAGCACUAUCAUUACGAUGAUCGAAAUGACUGUUCCUCCUUCCUUCAUGGAUGCUUAGCUACACUGUGUUGUUGUUGUAUGUUGGAGGAGUGUUUGGCCUGCUUCCGAUAGACCGUGUGUUUUUUUCGGUCUCUUCGGCCGAGCUGUGUUCAUGUCUCUUCGGCCGAGCUGUGUUUCGCAUCACUUGGAAUAAGAAUUGCAGUUUCUGGUUUGUGUGAUCGUAAACUAUCUGUAUUGUUUGUGAUAUCUAAAUGCUGUUAUUUACUUAUAUAUAUAUAUAUAUAUACCUGAACAAAUAAUUGUUAAUACUUGUAGACUUGGAAUCCUUAUUUAUUGUUGUCAUCCAGAUUCAACUUUCUUUGAGAUUUUUAUGCUAA